CAGUAUUCUAACUUUUACAUAAACUAUUACUUAAUUGUUUAUUACAUGCCUUAUUUUUUUAAAAACAAUUCUUCAGCUAAAAAUACAUUCACUAAUGAGGAUAAAUUUACAAAAAAGUUAUUUAUUAGUUUUAUAAAAUAAUAAUUAUAAAAAAUAAUAAAAUUGCAAAAUAUUAAAGGAAAAAAAAAGAGUAAAACACCAUAAAAAGAAUUAUGCAGUGAUAUAAAAACAUACAUCGUUAAAUUUGCUCCCGUUAAUAUAGUUUUUAAUUAAUAAAAAAUAAUUUAUUGAAAUAAAUGUUAUAAUCUACGUUAUCAAAUUUUGUGCUAAUAUAAUUAAUUUUUUAAUUAUAUAUUUAUUUGCAAUUAUAGAAAACUAAUAAAUAUUAUUGGCACAUCAUUUCAAUAAUAUAAAUACUUAAUUUUUUUAUAUUAAUAUAUAUUCGUUAUUAAUAAAAGGUGCGUAUAUAAUAUAUACACUUAAAUUUAAUAUUUUUCCGCACUUUGAUUUAUAUGUAAAAUUAGUCUUUUAAUUGGUGUUAUCUGCAUUUAAUUUAUAGUUUCUUUAUAUCACAUUGUUUUAAAAAUUUAGAACAUGAUGAUGAAUUUAAGUCGGUUAAAAUUACUUAACUCGAGAUUAUGUUAAAGUUGGAUGAUUCACGUGUGAUUAGAAAUAUAAAGUAUUUUAUUUAAUUAUUAUUAUUCAUUUUCAUUAUUUGUGUAAUUUCCCAAACACUUUUUGCUGUAAGGGUCACCAAUUGCCAUAUGUAUUAAUACGUGCACCUGUAUAUUUUUUCAAUCAGAACUAAUUUUUAUUAAUUCAAAAAUGUAAAUUAUUAACAUGAAACUGAAAAUUUCUGUCAAGUUAUGGAAUCGUCAAUCCAAGUAUAGACGGAGUCAAGGAGAAGUUUCAACUGAGUAUCGUUAAGUUAGUAAAACUGUUCAAUAACAUAAACUUAUAUUUUAUUUGAAAGUUAAUAUUUUUUUAAUCUAUAAGCUAGGAUAAUUAUUUGAUGAACAAAAAUGAAAAAAAAUUAUAACUUUUAAAAAUUAAUUUAUAAAAAAUUAAUUCAAGCAGUAUUUAAUUUAUUUUAAGUUAGUUUAUUGAUGUUUUCUAAUUUUAUCUUUAUUUUUUAAAAUAUUUUUUAUUCACACGAUGAUAUUCAAUAAAAGAAAUAAAUUACAUAAUAUUUGUUACUCAAUUAAUUGAAUUUUAUUGAGUUAAACAAAUUAAGUUAGAGACACAGGAGACAGGUAGUAUUGGAUUAGAAAGAGUGUUGAUGAGAUAAUUUACCGAAAGAUCCGAAAUGUUAUAUUUAUAGACGAAAAAAGCAAUAUAAAAAAGAGUUUAGGAGGCAUAACUUAAUAGCAUUCAGUGUGUAUAAUGGUUACUAGCAAGUCUAAUUUAGAGGUUUUUGAUCAGAUUAGAAAACGGAAACCUAAACUUGGAACAGUGAAUUGAAGUACGACAGAAGGAACGUUACACUGAAGAAAAGGGUGAAAAUGGGAGGAAGAGAAGUUAAAAGGAAAAAGCCGCGAAAAAGGAAAAUAGAAAACGAGGCAGAAGACAGGACCAUCACAUGGCAACGAUCAGAGCGGAAACUCCUUUACUUACAUCCCACGUGUACACUCCCCCCGUUCACACUCAAACCGGUUGCCAGUCAAAUAGCCGCGUCGAGUGGGACCCACCAAUGGUCCUCUUUUGCAGUAAAUGCUAUUGCCAUCCAUCGUGUAAUCGGAAACCGGCACAUGUCGGUCACCGCCAAGGUGGGAAACCUCCCCUAGCCAACCUGUUUUCCAAAAUCCCAGCCCCAACUCAACCAAAUCAAAAGUCCUUUCACACACUCAAAAUAAAAAUAUACCAAUUAAUUAAACAAAAUAAAUACCCCCAAACUAUCACUUUCUUUUUUUUAGUGAUAUAUAUGAUGAUAAUAAUAAAACUACUAAAAAGCAAAAAUAAUGAAGAGGGUUACUUUUUGGAGUUUUUGAGGGGAUUUAAAUAAAAGAGAGAAAAAUAAAGAAUAUGUGCAAAAGUUUUUGUUGAUAUAUAGCACCUACAAUUCAUUAAAAGCAAUGGAGGAGAAGAGAGAGAAGGAGGCAAAACCACCAAAGUCAUCAUCCACCAUGGCAAAUUCUGUCGCAUUUUCCGAUGAGAUUCCGAACAUGAGCAUGAGCAUGAGCACGAGCUUCAGCUUCCCUUUCUCACCCGCUUUGUCUAGCAUCUUUGACAUGAUGCCACCACCACCAUCUUCAUGUGAUGAUCAAAAAGCUUCCAACUUUGGUGGCUUCAUGGACUUGUUGGUUGCUCAAGAUUAUAGCCCUUCUUUAUUCGAUUGGCUCCCAAACUUCACCGCCACGUCAGCUUCCGCCACCCAAACCACCCACCCUCUUCCGUCGCCGGCGAGCUCCAAUGUCCCCGACGGCUCCGAAGUCUUGAACACUCCGGCGUCCCCCAACUCCUCUUCGAUUUCGUCCUCCUCCAAUGAAGCUCUCGUCGCCAACAAAGCAACGGGGAAUGAACAUGAAGCAGAGGACGAAGACGGAGAUGCAGGCAAAGGAGAGGAUCAAGAUCAAGACAAAACUAAGAAACAGCUGAAGCCAAAGAAGAAGAACCAAAAGAAACAAAGAGAGCCAAGAUUUGCGUUCAUGACAAAGAGCGAAGUGGAUCAUCUAGACGAUGGCUAUAGGUGGCGAAAGUACGGUCAAAAAGCCGUAAAAAACAGCCCACAUCCAAGGAGCUACUAUCGUUGCACCACCACGGGUUGCGGCGUGAAGAAGCGCGUGGAGCGUUCCUCCGACGACCCGUCGGUGGUGGUCACCACCUAUGAAGGGCAACACACCCACCCUUGUCCUGCCACGUCACGGGCUAGCCUCGGGUUCAUGCACGAAACGGGUGGGUUCGGACCCACUAGUGGACUCGGGGGUUCACCCCACUAUUUGCUGCCACAACAACACCAACACUUUCGGGACCAAAAUGUGCAACAACAAGCAGUAGCAGCAGCAGCUUUGUUAUACAACUCCACCUCAUCAUCGCCUUUGAACAUUGUUAACUCGGCUUCUAGUAAUUUUGCCAAUACAUCGUUGUUUAGUGGCUUCCUUCAGGAUCAAGAGAAUCUUCGAUGCUUUGUGCCGUCUAGGUUGAUGGGUCCUCAGGCUUUGUUAAGGGACAAUGGGCUUCUUCAAGACAUUGUGCCUACGCAGAUGAGGAAGGAGGAGAAGCAAGAUCACGAGUAGGUGAUGAUGAUCAUGAUGAUAUAUUCAUAUAUUGGGUUUAAUGAUGGUACUUAUGAUAGCUAUUAGUUAGUUUUAAUUAUUAAUUAAUUUCCUGUAUAUUAUUUUUAUUAUCUUGGUAUGAUAUAUGUAUGGUUCUCUAACUGAUCAUAUGAUGAAGGCCUCUGGGGUGUUUUGUGCUUUAGAGGUUAACGUAGAGAAGCAUCGCUUUUAGUUACUUUGUGUUCAUAUGAAACAUUUUGGAGGUUCUCACUUUUUAUGGUUAGAUGGAGGGGGCUUUAGAUUCUGAUUUUGCUACUUUAACUUUUUCUUCUCUCUUUCCUUCUAUGGAUUAUUCUUUGUAACUAGAUAUUUAUUCGAUGAUGAGCUAUUUUUAUCCUUUAAAAAACUUUUUUUUUGUCUCAUUUUUCUCGUGUCCACUGCAUUAUUAAUUCUUCUUCAGUUCUCUAACUGAUUAUUCAUGGUGGAAAGCCAACAUUUUUAGGGUUAGGGUUUUACUUUUUCAUAAAUUUGUACAAUUACUUGCAUGUGGAGAAAUCUUUUAGCUAGCUGCAUCUUUUCCCAAUCAGAUACUUAUGGCAGAGACUUUAUGGGAAAAGAGAAGUCAAGAACGUAAGUUUAUUAGCAAAAGGAACUGGAAACUCUACCUAUAUACGAUGAGAGAAAUUUAAGAAAAAAAAAAAAAAGAUGAAAACUUUGGAUCAGAGAGUGUUAUGAUUGUCCCAUGACUUGACACCAUGCAUGAGGUAUGGAAAAAGUUGUAACAUUAUUACUUGAGUAGUACCGUUUAGCUUUUUGUAUGAUGGCUUUUCUCAUCAUCUUCCCCUAUAAGCUAGAUACAAAGAUGGGCUUCAGCCAUUCAAUGAUGAUGUGUGUUUCCUGGGAGAGAAAUAGCUAGAGCAUGGUUCGUUUCUUGUUGAUGGCAAUUUGGCUAAAGAUGAAUGAUGUGAGAUAUUGGUGUGGAGAAAAGUACUAAUAUAUGUAAGGUUCUUAUGCCCUAGUAUAACAAAAUAGAAGUGUUGUAAUAGUAGAAGAAGCCAUUGGCCAUGCCACUAUCCCUUUCCCAUUUGGAAAUUUUCAGCUCACAUGAAAUGCCCAAGCUACUUGAUUCUCACUCGAUUUAUAAUCACACCUAAGAAUAUUGUAUAUGCCAAUUAGUCAUCCAGCUAGCAUUAUAUAAAUUAUGGAAAUUGAAUUCUACCGCUAGUUUAGUUGCUUUGUAUCACUUCUCAAGAUACAAGGUAUGUGUGAAUAGCCUUGGUCGAACGGACAAGAAAAAAGGGCACAUUGUUUAAGGGACACGGGAAUUAGAUUAAUUGACGUUCAACACCUUGGUGCUAAUUCAAAAAGAAAAAUUGGAGUUUCUUCCAGAUUGUGUUUGACAAAAAAGUCAUAUAAUUGUUAUAAUAUAUAUAGAUAGUUCUAAUGCCAUAGUUUUUAUCAACUUAAAAGAAAAUUAUUUUUUGUCGAAUAAAUAAGAUCAACUUAUGUUGGCUCAUCUAAUUUUCUGUACUGUUUCAGAUUCAAUUUUGUCAAGAGAUUGUUUAGAGUUAAAUUGGAAUGAUAUUAUAUUUUCAAGAUAAAGGGGGAUCGUUGUUUAAAAAUAUUAUAUUGAACUGAUAUUCUUUAAAAUGAAUGAAUGAAUGAAAAGAAUAUAGACAUAUACGGUAAUGGACUCGGUUUUUUGUAACCACCCAAUAACACGAUGAAUUUGGAAAGAAGCCAUGAUUGAUUUAAGUUCAUGUUAUUCGAGUUUGUUAAAAGUUUCCGAAUUUUUAUUUUUUCCCUUACCAUUGUAAUUGGCUGUUUUAGAGGUUUAGUUUCCAAUUCCUGAUACCUCAAAGGGUUAAUUUGUGAUACUCUUCGUUGUGAUUUUCAUCAGGUUGAUUUGAAGUGAAUUAAAAUAUGAAACAGUUGAAUUUAAACUUGCUGGAAGUUUGAGAAUGCUGCGUUAUUAAGAUAAACUAGCUGAAGCACUCAGCAGGAAUUAGGAGGAUAUGGAUUCUUGUAAGUAAAGGAUCCUUCUGUGUUUCAUUUAUACUCGAUACUUGCCUCAACAUGAGGUUUGGUAAUAUAGGAAAGCAUUCCACAGACACUACCAGCCGAACAGGAGAGUUUUAUUGAAAAAGCAAAUUUGUAGGGUGUUAAAUCGUAGUUCAUAACCGCAAUUAUUGUUUCAAUUUUAAAGAUUUUUGCAAUCACAUCGUGACCACAAUUACGAUUAUAUCGAUCUGGUUCAUUUGAUUACUCCCAAUUUCAUACAACAGUAAUGUAAUGUUAACCACUUGACGAAUAUGCCAUGGUAUAGUAUGACAAUUUUCUUCAUUUUCGUACAUUAAAAAUUUUGUACAAUUAAACGUUUUUCUUCGUACAAUAUUACUUAUCUCAAUGUAACGUUAAAGCAACUACAAUGUAAAACCUUUUCGUAAUUGGCAUGCAAGUAGUCAUAUGAACACAAAUAGAUAAGGAAGAAGAAAAUAGAAAGUAACCACUUAAAUAAAAUGAAAAGAAAUUCGAUGUGAUGAAGCUUUACACAUUUUCCCACCCUGUCGCUGGUUAGUGAAUAUUCUCUACUCGAAGCAAUGAAGAAAAUGUUAUCCGAUAUAAAUUAUAGCCAUAUGGAGCAUGACUUUUUUUUGGUAUUCCUAAACUUUCCAGCCAUUAAACUUUAUGUUAUCGAAUUGCAAAAGGCAACAGAAAAGUCGUAUCUACUUGUAAUCCAACUGUUGGAGUGCCAAUUAAUUUGAUGCUUCAGAGAAAUCGAAUCAAGGAAGUGAGAGGUCAAGUCAUUUGCAUACAACCCAUAUGAUUCGUUGGAGGCAUCUGAAUCCAAAGUCCAGUAGAAAGAGUUACUCAUUCUGUAGCCACUAAUUAAAUGCCACACCAUAUAUGCAAUUAACGCAUUUAGUUUGCGUGGAAACAAUAUUUACUUUACAUUCUAAAUUGAUGUAUAUAAUUGAGUAGCCUUAUCUUUUAUUAAAUGACACACCCAUUAAGAUAAGUUUCAGAAUCGGUGGAAAACUCCGGUGAGUUUUUCUUUCAACAAUUUCUUUAUUCCUUACUUGUUUUGCAAGUUUAGGAAUAUGUCGGACAAAAGCAGUGCGUGUUAAAAUGUGGCAACCAAAGUGUUGGUUAACUUCUUGAUGGAAAACUCUUCAACUUUUCAAGCUUCAUAGUCACUUUAUCUAACUAUGAUUCUGAAAUAAAAAGGCCCAAACAAGAGGGGGGGGGGGGGGGAACGGAUCACCCAUCAGUUUCUAGCAAGAAAUUAGACAAAGAUCGAUGAUUCUGAAUCAUUAGAAUAUUUUGGUGCAUAAAAUCUUUGAUAUGUCAUUACAUAGAAGAUGUUUUAGAUAUAAAGAAUUAACAUCUUCAGUGUAUAUUAAGGACGGAAUUAACAUGUGUGAUGGUCAUAACAUCUUCGGGUAUUACUCUUUAUUUACGACGUCUAAUUAUUUACUGUCUAAUUAUUCUUCAAAUCUUCAUUAAGAAAUGCACUAUUUAAAGCUCUGAAUCUAUCCUUCUGGUUAUUUAUUAUUAGAUGUACUUGUUUUGGGUAAGCUUAAUGACUUCGACUAUGAUCGGGCUUUUAAUAUUGAAUUCAUAUUUAAAUAAUUUAAGGAGUUUUGAAGGGAAGAAAGAUUGAAUAAAAAAAAUUAAUUUUAAAAUUAGAGUUUUACAGUAACUAUGAAACUAAUUAACAAGCAUUUCGUGUGCAUUGUACUCGUGUUUUAUUAAUUUGUAUAAAAUUUUCAAAUAUAAAUUACAAGAAAAAAUAAAAAUAAUAAAGGAAAUAUACACAAUUAAUACAAAUGCAUGAACAAUAAAAAUAGCCCUUAUUCAGGAAGAAAAGGUUAAAUUUUUAACAAAUUAAAAUAAUUUAUAAAUAAAUAAAAUUUCAGAUAUAAAAUUUUCACAUCAAGUAAUUUUUAAAAAUAGUUAUUUUAAAAUAUAACAUUUAGAAAAAAC